AGAAACUGUGAGAAAAAGAAAACUGGCCAGAAGGGAUACUAAUAUAUUUAGGGUCUGCCUAAGAUUUUACAAAAAUGCUCUAAGAUUAAAGGGGAAGAAGGGUGGAGUCUGGGCAGUAGUUUGGAGCCCCACCCACCGCCUUUCUUGGCUUUUAAAACUACUGGGUUUGCAGUUUUCAAGUUCACAGUCUCUGAAGGUCUGACUUUAUUUUUUCACUGAGCCUUUGGAAAGAGAAGAGAUGAGUUGGAAGCACAAUCCAAGAAGCUAUGACUAUGGCUGGCAGACUAGAAGCUCUGAAAGUUGGUACGGGCAACCAUACCAGGGAUCAGACCCUAACACUGUGUACAUCAAGGGUACCUGCAAAAAUAAUGGAAGACCAGGGGCGCGAGGAGGUAUUGGUGCCUCCUGGGGACCAGGCAAUGAGCACAGAAACAUAAGUGAUACAUAUUCUGGACGACAGACAAACCAAAGUGCAUCAUUAGAAGCAGCUACCAAAGUGAUUGAGCAAGCAAAGGCCCAAAAUAUGGACAGAAUUACUGUGUGCACAGAUAACCAACUUAUCACCAAAGGUAUGAAUGAAUGGAUUCACACAUGGAAAGAAAAUGACUGGAAAACAAGUAAAAAUAAAGAUGUUGUGCACAGAGACCAAUUUGCUAAGCUGGAUAAUAUGACUCGGGACAUGGAUGUUGAAUGGAAGUAUGUACCUGCUCGGUCAAAAGUUGAAGGCAGUGCUGAAGCUCAAAGAUUAGCCAGAAAAGCAACUAGCAGAAAGUGAGAAGACGCAACUCAAUACUUGGAGAUGGUGUUAAAGUGUCAUUAUUUUUAACCCUGCGAUAUAAUCUCCAAAUUAUUUUCUCUUUCCCCUCCCCCUUCUGUUUGAGCUAUCUUCUAUGGCUCUCUGGUAAUUUUUUUUCUUCAUAUCCUUUCUCAAUUUUUCUAUGUGCUAUUUUUUCUUUAAUACUAUAAACACACUAUAAACAACUAUAGAAAUUGUUCACCUGUACUAACAAUAAGAGAAAGGCAGAUAUCCUCAUCUCUAUCAUAAACAUCUGAACUCUCACUUGCUCAACUCUUGCUCCAGACCACCUAGAAAUCAAUCCAGACUGCUUGACUGCUCACAUGACUUGGGGUAAUGGGAGUCACCAACUUUUCCUUCAGGUAAAAUGGAUUGUAAACAAACCUUGCCAUCUGUGUUCUCUAAGGACUUCCUGGCUUUACCAUUUGCCCUGCUUGUAUGCCUUACUCCAUCCCAAUAUUAUCUGACCUUCUGACAAUCUAAAGAUGCCAGUCUGGGCCACAUAAUUUGCCGCUGUGGUGUGCAUCCUUUGUAUCUCAGCACCUAAAGCUAUGCUUUGCACUUAGAUUUUUCAUUCAAGUUUGAUACCCUUUACGAUGAGGACCUUACUAACCCCUCCAGGCAACUCAUUCCUGAUUUGUAACUGAAAACUGCCUUGCUGUAACUUCCAACCAAGAUUCCUAAUUUUGCCAUUGGUGUAAAUGCUCAAUUAACAUCCUGAAACAUAACCUGGUUUAGCCCAGUUUUAUUUAUCCUUGAACUGAAACCCUAAAAUUUAUGGAAAGAAGGCAAUAAAAAUGCUAAUGAAGAGGAAAGAAAACCA